ACGCGCUGUCAAACGUCAAAACAGGCUCCGCCGCGGAAUCCACGUUUGUUGCCGUCCGGCUAGCUUUCCUUCUCGCGUAUAAAGUGCCGAUCCGCGUUAAAAACUUUCGCGUGUGAUUUUUUAGCUGAUUAGUUGCCCCAAUUUAGCACGUCCUAAGCCAUGCCCCCGAAGAAGGUCCAGGAGCCGGAGGUGAAGCCGCUGAUUGGUCGCAUCGGCACCAACCUGCGCAUCGGCAUCGUCGGCGUGCCGAACGUGGGCAAGUCGACCUUCUUCAACGUGCUGACCAAGAGUGCGGCCCCGGCGGAAAACUUCCCGUUCUGCACGAUCGACCCCAACGAGAACAGGGUACCGGUUCCCGAUGCCCGGUACGAUUACCUGUGCGAGUACCACAAACCGGCGAGCAAAGUGCCCGCCUACCUGAACGUGGUCGACAUCGCCGGGCUGGUCAAGGGCGCCGCCGAGGGCCAGGGCCUGGGCAAUGCAUUCCUCUCGCACAUCAACGCGUGCGACGCAAUCUUUCAUCUGUGCCGCGCGUUCGACGAUCCGGACGUGACGCACGUCGAGGGCGAGGUCGAUCCGGUGCGCGAUCUGGCCAUCAUCUCCGAGGAGCUGCGCCUCAAGGACGAGGAAAACCUGAUGAAGUAUCUGGACAAGCUGGAGAAGCUGGUGACGCGCGGUGGCGACAAGAAGAGCAAGCCCGAAUAUGAAACGCUGGUGAAGAUCAAGGAGGUGCUGGUGGACGAGAAGAAGCACAUCCGCUUCGCCGACUGGUCCGCCCACGACAUCGAAGUGCUGAACAAGUACCUGUUCCUGACGUCCAAGCCGAACAUCUAUCUGACCAACCUGUCGGAGAAGGACUUUAUCCGCAAGAAGAACAAGUGGCUGCCCAAGAUCAAGGAGUGGAUCGACAAGAAUGACCCGGGCGCCCCGUUGAUCCCAUUCUCCGGCCUGUUUGAGCACACGCUGGCGGAAAAGGAAGAUCCGGCCGACCGGAAGGCGUACGAGGACGAAACCAAGUGCACCUCGAUGCUGGACAAAAUCAUCACGACGGGCUACAAGGCGCUGCAGUUGGAGUACUUCUUCACGGCGGGACCGGACGAGGUGAAGGCGUGGACCAUCCAGCGCGGAACGAAGGCCCCGCAAGCGGCCGGCCGGAUUCACACCGACUUUGAGAAGGGUUUCAUCAUGGCUGAGGUGAUGCAUUUCAACGAUUUUAAGGAGGAGGGCAGCGAAGCGGGCGCCAAAGCUGCAGGCAAGUAUCGGCAGCAGGGCCGGAACUACACCGUCGAGGACGGGGACAUUAUCUUCUUUAAGUUUAACGCCGGCGCGGGGUUGAAGGAUCCGAAGAAGAAGUGAUACGGACACCAGAAGGCGGCCACGGUCAUUUUUGUGCUGCUCUAUCUGAACAUGAUCAUUUACGCGCAGUUGUUUUUGCCGCAGUUGCAGUGAGA